AUGCCUCCCCGGAUACCCGCCCCGCAGGGGCUUCGCAGCCUCACGCUGUGCAUGCGCCCGACCCCAACAACCUCCACCCCCACCCCGAGCCGGCUCCCGGUAAUCCAAACGGCCAACAUCUCCAACAAGGAAAAGCGGAGGAAGAUGAAGCAAGACCCUUACGGUUGGGCUCAGGCACAGCAGCGCAAGAACGCCCAUCUCGAGCGGCGCAAGGAGAUCGACGCCGAGGAAAAAGCCAACUACGGCAGCCCCGUGCACGGCAUCACGACACCCUUCGUCGAGUCCUUCGACUCCGCCGGCCAGGAAGCCACAUCACCCGAGAGUUCCGAAUCCGGCGGCUCGCACCCCUUACCGACGUCGCCGCACCUGCUCAACUACCUACUCACCAAGGAAGAGCUGGAGCGGGCGAUCGAGCACUCCCGGCGGGUGACACAGCCACUGACGGUGGAGGAGAACCCGAAGCUCGACCCGGUAGGGGCGGAGCUAGAAAUGGACGACCACAAGGAACACCACGCCAAAGCGCUGAUCGCGCUGCAGCGCAUCACAGACCUGCGGAACGGCAGCGCCAAAGACCGCAAGCACGCCAAUAUCCGGCGGUGUAUUGAGGAGUUUGGCCGACACAACACGGAUCAUAAGCUCGCAAACUCGGCGCCGCCGCCGGGGCGGAACCAGGUGCCGGAGCCUAAGCCGGUCCGGGCUGGGCCUGAUACGGGCAGCAGCGAGGUGCAGAUUGCCAUUCUGACUACCAAGAUCCGGGCGUUGGCGAAGGAGCUGGAGGGGCCCAAGGGGAACAGGGAUAAGAACAACAAGAGGAGUUUGCGGACGCUGUGCCACAGGAGGCAGAAGCUGCUGAGGUAUAUGGAGAGGAAGGAAAGGGGAAGCGGGCGGUGGCAGUACCUGAUCCAGACUUUGGGGUUGACGCCGGCGACAUACAAGGACCAGAUCAGUAUCUAA